GCUCUGUCCCUUGAAUCACUCAACUCAAAUUAAAGACCACAACAACGUUAAACAUUAUUCUUAUAUUCAUACCAUGUUCUAGCUUCGAAAUUCUUACUAAUACCAACAACAUACACAUAAUAAGAUUUAUUCUUUCUUAUCAUUCACUUUCUUCACAACACGUAGCCGUGUCCAUGGCCUUGCAUGUCCACAGCUUCUUCUAUUUUUGGUUCGUCGUCAUGAUCUUCGUCGUCGUAUUUUUCACGGCACCGUCGGUGUCUCAGCGGCAAGCCACCGGGUCCUGCAACGGGAUACUCCUGUCAUACGCGUAUACCGGCGGCUUGCAGCUGCCUCCGAAUGUCUCGGACCCGGCGGAGCAGCCGUACCGGUUCUCCUCGACAUUGACGGUGCUGAACAACGGGCUGGAGGAGCUGAGGUCGUGGAGGGUGUUCGUGGGGUUUCAGCACGGCGAGUGGCUGGUGUCCGCCUCGAACGCGGUGCUCGCCGACGGCACGAGCCUCCCCGGUUCGGUGGAAAACGGCACCGUUUUGAGUGGUGAAACCGUGAGGGAUCUGAAGACUGCGGUGGCGACCGCCGGGGACUUGAAUCAGAUGCAGGUGAGGGUAGACAUGGUGGGGACCUUGCUUGGAGUGGCGCCACCCUCUGUGCCAAUGCCUUCUUCUGUUACCUUGGCUAACGAUGGAUUCUUGUGUGGUCAACCCUCUGGUCAAGGGAGCAAUGAAACUCAUGUGUGUUGCACAAGCGACCCCAAUUUCAAAACAAACAUAACCACAGAAGAAGAGUUCCUACCCAGGCAAAAGGGUGACCUUAGCAUCACAUACGACAUCAUCAGAACCUAUGACUCCGAUUACUGGGCAGAGGUCACAAUUGCAAACCACAACCCCUUAGGUCGUCUUGAUAACUGGAGACUAAGCUGGGACUGGAACAACAACGAGUUCAUCCACACAAUCAAAGGUGCAUAUCCCUUAAACGUGGAUUCCUCUGACUGUGUCUUCGGUCCACAAGGCCUGUUCUACAAGGAACUCGACUUCUCCAACGUGUUAAACUGCGAAAGAAGACCAACCAUAGUUGAUCUUCCUCCCACAAUGUUCAACAACACAGACUUCGGUAAAAUCCCGUUUUGUUGUAGGAAUGGUACUAUCUUGCCACCGACAAUGGACCCUAGUUUGUCAUCUUCAAGGUUCCAAAUUCAGGUUUUCAAAAUGCCACCGAACCUUAACCGUUCCAAGUUUUCACCACCUCAUAAUUGGGAGAUAAAGGGUACCCUUAACCCUGAUUAUGCAUGUGGGAACCCUAUUAGGGUUAGUCCUAGUGAAUCUCCUGAUCCAACACACCCACCAUCGAACAAAUCCGCGAUUGCAAGCUGGCAAGUGGUUUGUAACAUCACAAACACAAAACGAGAAGCACGUAAAUGCUGUGUUUCUUUCUCAGCUUAUUACAAUGAAUCGGUUGUUCCAUGCAACACGUGUGCAUGUGGAUGUAGUAACCCUGAGAGAACGUGUAGUGCAACCUCACAAGCAAUGUUGCUUCCACCAGAGGCACUUCUUGUACCUUUCCAGAACAGAACCGAGAAGGCACGUGCUUGGGCUGAGAUACAACACUUGAAUGUCCCUAACCCUUUUCCUUGUGGUGAUAACUGUGGUGUGAGCAUAAACUGGCACUUGGUGACGGAUCACCGGAGCGGUUGGAGUGCAAGGAUCACACUCUUCAACUGGGGUGAAGCCAGUUUUGCUGAUUGGUUCGCCGCGGUGCGAAUGGAGAAGGCUGCAAAGGGGUUUGAGGAGGUGUAUUCUUUUAAUGGAAGCCUUUUGGAUGGUGUGGAUGGCACGAUAUUCAUGCAAGGGAAGAAAGGGUUGAACUUUCUUGUGGCGGAGACGGAUGGAUCUAACCCUCGGAGAGAUCCCAGGGUGCCCGGGAAACAGCAAUCGGUGAUCUCUUUUACAAAGAAGAAUACUCCUGGAAUCGAUGUGGUUGGUGGUGAUGGUUUUCCUAGUAAGGUUUUCUUCAAUGGGGAGGAAUGUUCUCUUCCUUCAGUGGUUCCAAGCAGUGGUACUAGAAUGGAGGUUUCAUUGGCUACUAUGAUGUUCUUGGUUCUGUUUUUGUGGAUUCUCUUCAUGCGGCAAUAGUGACAUUUUGUUUGAUUGUGUUGUUCUGAGACACAGGAUUUAUGUAGCCACAUCAUUAAACAUCAUGCGUUGUAUAUCCAUUUUGUAUGAUUCUUUAGUCUUUACAGGGUAUUAAUACAGAAGGGUGUAGAAUUAUGUUGAUUAUAGAGAUUUUUUGUCUAAUUUUUUGACAG